AUGUCGGGGUCGGACCCAGCGGGAGGCCGCGUGUCGGACGAGGGCCUGAUCUUGGAUCUGCGAGGCGCCGACUACUCGGGCGGCCCCGCCUGGAUCAACCGGGCGCCUGGCGGGCACCCCGACGCCGUCGUGCCCCUGGAGAUCGAGUUCGACAGGGCCGAGAGGGCCUUCCUCUUUCCCGCGGCGGGCGAGCUCAUCUCCAUCUCGGUCCCGAUCGCCACCUCGCUGCUCCCGGAGGCGACCUUCGCGAUCUGGGUCAAGGUCCUGGAGCCCUUCUCCGGCGCCAACUUCGGCUGGGUGCUGUCGCAGGCCCCCGACUACAGCUGGAGCAGGGCGCUGACGCUCAACGACUUCCGGCUGGGGCACGUGUCGAUGACCACCAGCCAGUACUGGGACUCGCAGCUGGGGAGGGCGGGCGCGGGCCGCUGGCUGCACCUCGCGGGGGUCUGGCGAAAGGAGGGCCGCUGCACGCCGUUCCUGAACGGCGCCGCCGGGGCCACCUGCCAGGGCCGCGCCGGGCGGGGCUCGGACCCGGGCGAGCGCCUGAUGGUGGGGGGCCGCGACCACGGCGACCAGUUCCACAACGCGGCAGUGGCGGUCUCCGACGUGUGCGUGUACAGCAGGGCCCUGUCCGAGGCGGAGGUCGAGCGGCUCUUCCGCCGCGGCAGGGGCGGCGCCGGCGGCGGCGCCCACGUGGGGGCGGGGGCCACGCCCCGGGCGGCGAGGGAAGGCGCGGCGCCCAUGUGGGACGAGGAGUCGGGACUGUUCUGGUUCCCCGCCGGGGUAGCGCUGCACGAGCUGCCAGACGGGCGGGUGUGGCAGCACGAGUUCCGGUCCGCGAUGGCGGAGUGCCAGUCGGCGCCCGAGGUUGCCAAGAGGUCGCUGCAGAGGCAUGCGAGCGACGACAACGGGCCGCUGCCGACCGGCGCCAGGGUCCGCCAGCUGGCGCAGCACCCCAGCGACCCAGAAAAGCUGGAAAGGCGCAUGGCGCACACCAAGGCGCUGAGGCGCAUGCCUGGUGGGUCCGGCCGGACGGUCCAGAUCCAUGGCAAGGAGGUCGCCCUCUUCCGCUUCGGCGAGCGCGUGCACGCGGUGCAGGCCGCUUGCCCGCACCAGGGCGCGAACCUCGCGGACGGCGAGAUCGGCGACCUGGAGGACAUGAUCGAGGGCCACAGGUGCUACGUGACGUGCCCCGUGCACAAGUUCCAGUUCGAUCUCUCCACCGGGGCUCUGCUGCAGGGCCGCGGCUGCGGGCCGCUGCCCGUCUUCGCGGUCCGGGUUUCCCGCCGCGGGUCGGGCGACGCGGGCCAGGGCAUGAUCGAGGUGGGGUUCGAGUCCUUGGGCGCGAGCUUCUUCGAGCCAGGGGAGGACUUCUGA